AUGGAGAAUGAUGGCAAAGAGUCGUAUAAGGAUUGUGAUCAAUCUGAGAAUUUAAGUGUUGAGUAUGAGUGCAGUUCCAAUGAAAGUGAUGAUAUGGUGGAUGUAACUAUAGAUGAAUCAGAGGUAGAUAUAAUUAAUGUUGAUGGUUUUGAAAAGUUGAUAACUGAUUUGACCAUCGAAGACAUAUGGGGACUGGUGUUUGAUACAGAAUCUCAAGUUUGUGAAUUUUAUGCCAAAUAUGCCAAGUGCUAUGGAUUUGUGUCCCGAAAAGACUUGAAGACGGUGGAUGCUAAUGGCAACAUUAAUACAAGACAGUUGGGCGAGAUUCGGUUCAUUCGUCACUAUAGAACGGGUAAAUGGAAAGUCAGUAUCUUUGAGAGUGAACACAAUCAUCUACUGUGUCCACCUAAGUACAGACAUCUUAUUGCCACGAAUCGUGGGCUUGAUGAGGCCGAUAAAACACAAGCAGGCAGCUUGCGAGCAUGUGGUGUUAAAACUUGCCACAUAAUGGGUUACAUGGUUUCCCAAAAAGGUGGAUAUGAUAAAGUGGGUUUUAUCAGCAAAGACUUACAUAACCACAUUAGUAAGACUAGGCAUGGCAAAGUGAAAGACGGUGAUGCAUUUGCUGCGUUGACCUAUCUGUUUUCUAAGGCAGACAGUGACCCGUUAUUUCUAGGAAAGUUCACCUUGAAGGAUGGUAGGUUGGAUAAUUUGGUGUGGGCUGAUGGAGAAAGCGUUGUUGAUUACGAAUGUUUUGGCGAUGUACUGGCUUUUGACACCACUUACAAGAAAAAUGUAUACAACAAGCCCUUAGUCAUAUUUUCAGGGACCAACCACCAUGGCCAGACAACUAUCUUUGGAUGCGCUCUGCUCUCAAAUGAAAGGUCCGAAACUUUCAAGUGGGCACUGAAGGAAUUUUCAGAAAUCAUGUCAGAAAAACUAUCCGGAGGUGUUGUGACAGACGGAGACCGUGCUAUGAGAGAGGCUAUCUUAGAAAUAUUUCCUGGUAUACCACACCGCCUUUGUGCAUGGCAUCUCCAAUGUAAUGCGGUACAGAAUAUAAAAAACAAGCAUUUUUGGGAUGAUUUUAGUGUAUUAUUGUAUGGACAAUUUACCGUACAAAUAUUUGAACAUAGAUGGAACGAGAUCAUAUCCAAAUACGGACUUGCCGAGAAUGAAUGGGUCCAGGGCAUUUAUAAUGACAGAAUGAAGUGGGAUACCGCAUAUUUAAGGGAGCACUUCUUUGGCCACAUAAGAACUACAUCACAGUGUGAGGGAAUUUAUUCAUUAUUGAAGAACUAUGUUGACAGUAAAACCAGUCUCCUUGAAUUCAUGCAUAAAUUUAGUGAAGUACUAAGGCAUUACCGAAACAACCAUCUUACUGCUGACUUUGAAACCUUUUAUAAGUUUCCUGUUUUGACUACGUGCUUGGAAAGUUUUGAGAAACAAGCUGCUGAACUUUAUACUAAAAAUAUUUUCAAACUUGUGAAAGAUGAGAUAGAAGCAGCAGGUGCUUUAAAUGUGACUGAAUGCCCAAACAGUAGAGACAUUGUUGAGCUAUUUGAGACUCGUGGACUACCGUGCUCCCACAUCUUUGGGGUCUUAAAGCAUCGCAAUGCAAAAUGUGUCCCUACAUCUCUUAUCCUGAAAAGAUGGACAAGAGAUGCAAAGAGUGAUUUUAUAUGCUCAAUUGGCGAGCAAGACACCACUGAUGAUAUAGCGCCCACACUUAGACGCGGUGCAAUGGCAUCUAUUUGUUGGAAGCUUUGUGAUAUUUCUUCCAAAAAUUCAGCAGACUAUAGGGAAAUCUCAGGUGAGUUACUUAAGCUAAUUUCGAAGGUGCAAAAUAAAGGUGAUGCACAAGCGAGGCUUUCCCCCACGUCAGCGCUAAUAGGUGAUCCAGCUGCUGUAAAGUCAAAAGGGGCUCCAAGAAAGGUUCCAAAAGGCCACAAGAGGCGAAGAUGUUCACAUUGUAAGUCAGGCAGGCAUUUUGUUAGGACAUGUCCAUUACUCGCCAAGGAGGACUCCCCCACUGAAUACUCAAAUGCUGAAGAUGAACCAAUGACCGAAGAAAUUAGUCUAAGUCAAGAGACAUUAAAAGAUAAGACCAACACAUCAGGAAUAGAAGUGAUCGAAGUUCCAGUUGCAGCCACAACCAAGAUACCAGGAUUGCCACAAUAUCCUAUGCAUCAUUUUCCAGUGGUCCUUCCUUAUCAACCUUAUGGUGGAGUCCUCCCUAUUCCUUUUCAUCCUGUUCCAAAUGGCAUGGCGUACUUCAACCAAUAUCCUUCUACUGCCAGAAUUACAUCAUAUCCUCAGUUUUCGCAUGUCUCGUCGUAUUCUAGUGGACCCAGUGAUAGCAAUACAUGGGCUGGACUUUUGAAUGAUGUCAUCAACAAUAAAAAGCCAUAG